UAGCUUGUUUUCAACCGGUCUGCUUUAGCGGUUGUUCAACUAUUAGCAAUAGCCGACACUAGUCCGCUAGUAUUUUCAAACUAGUGUCUAUUAUUGUGUUUAAACCUAAGUUACCAUAUUUGGGUAAUACGUCUGUUUUAGACUGUAUCAGUUUUCCUCAUGGUCUGACUCGGAGUUUGAACUCAGUUGUUUACUAACAUGGAUGACAGCAAACAGACCUCUCCCGAGGGAUCUGUAGACCCCUCUCUCGUCUCAGAAGAUGGUAAAAAUGUAAAAGCAGUGUUGUGCCAGAGAUGUGGCUCCAAAGUGCUCUGUCCAGGCAUGGCCCUGUUUGCAGAAAAGGAGCUGUUUCUGCCUGCAAUGAGAAAGAAAACCUCCAUUGCUCAGUCAGACGGGGUGGAUGGGGACACACUAACCGCUCACUGGCUGGUUGACGACAUGUACACAUUUGAGAAUGUUGGCUUUACAAAAGAUGUAGGCAAAGUGAAGUACCUUAUUUGUGCGGAUUGUGAGAUCGGACCCAUUGGUUGGCAUUGCCUGGAUGACAAGAAGAGCUUCUAUGUGGCAUUGGACAGGGUGAACCACGAAUAGAGCAUGUACUGAAGUCACUGUUUGGGAAAUUCUAUGAUAUUCAACGACAUAACUCGAACGGCUUUCAUAUUUGAACUACUGUAGGUCUUGCUUUUGUUAUUUUUGCAGAGUUUGGAUAAACGUAGCUGUUUCUGUGUACUGUAUUUUUAUUGUGACAUUUUCAUUCUCACCAAACUGAAUGCUUACAUGUACAACUUCACCUGUUUAUUGUUGUAGUCUGCCAUAAAGAAAUGCAGACGAUCCUUUUAAACAUUCCUUAAUGCAAGGCCUUUCCAUCCUUCUUAUCUCUUUAUGAAUAACACAUGAAGUUACUUUGUGUUUGAAAAGAUUUAGAAGGACAACGGUUCUUGUUAAAAAACAAUAAUUCAUCCUUGACCAUUUCAGCAGACCCUUGCAAUAUUAACUGAAAAAUGAAAUAAAACUCUAAAUGUUUUGUAGAAAAUUUGUCCUUUAAAAAAUGUGUGUGUGCUAUUU